AUGGCCGGUCCACCAAAGAAGUACGCCCGAAACGAGCAGCAGUCUCAGGGCUCUUCUAAUGGCUCUUCAUCGGCUUCGCGCGAUCCCACCCAGCGUUCAAUUCCUCGCCUUGACGGCAACCGCGACCCCAUCGUCAAGGCCAUCGACUACACCAAGCCCACCGACCUGAAGAACAUAUCUGAGUUCCUUGGCAUCUCUGGCUGGUACACGGCUCGUGGUAUUGAAAUCCCGCAUGCGCUGCCGCAUCGCCCCAAAAACUUCAACCAGUACGGCAGGGAAUGUGGCAUCAUGCUCAACACCUUUAAUGUCGUCAAGACCCCGAACACGGUCGUUCAUCAGUACGAUCUCAACUACACCGGCGAUGCUCGCGAUUACACCAAGCGUGUUCUUCUCAAGAAGAUCUGGAACUCCAACCCUGUCAAGGCUGCCCUCGGCGAGCCUACCAACCUCUGGGUCUGGGAUGGCAACAGGCUUUCUUGGUCUAGCAAGCGUCUUGAUCGCGAAGACACCCGCAUCACAGUCGACCUCGAUGCCGAAGAGGGCCGGCCCACUAGGGAAGGAGCCCGCGGAAACAAGCAUACGAUUCACAUCCGCUGGACUCGCCAGGUUGACUUCAACCAUAUGCAAGCUUUCCUCAACGGCCAAGCAUCUUGGUCCACAGAGUGCAUUGAUACUAUCAACUUCCUCGACCAUGUCAUGCGCGAGUGGCCGUCUCAACAGUACACCCAAAUCAAGAAGUCGUUCUUCCAGCGCGGCGAGCAGCGCUUUGACCUUGGCGGUGGUAUUGAGGCCUUCAAAGGUGUCUUCGCAUCUCUUCGCCCCGUCCUCGAUGACAGGUUCCAGAAGUCCCUCUCGGUCAACGUAGACGUCGCCAACGGCACUUUCUGGCGCGCCCAGGAGCUUACCCGUGCUAUCGGUCAAGUCUUCAACUGCACUCCUCCUCAAUUCUCACAGCGCUUCAAGGAGGCUAAGCGCGACUGGAAGAACUCCAUCUUGAAGAAGGAUCUGCGUCGUUUCAAGCGCGUCGGUGUUUCUACUACCCAUACCAAAACCCCGACCCAGUGGACUAUCGACGAGUUCGUCAACAUGGACGCCAACGAGGCUACCUUCCCUGAUCCCGAUGAUCGCCAGCCCGAUGUCGAUCCUCGGCGCCUGAGGCAGAUCUCCGUUUCCAGCUACUUCAGGCAGAAGUAUAAUAUCAACUGCAUGCCGGGCGUUCCUGUUGUGAGGAUGACCAAGAAGAUUCGCAAGGGGCCUGUCUAUAUGCCCAUUGAUGUCCUCAAGAUCGACACCAACCAGCGAUACAACAUCAAGCUUUCCGACACGCAGACCUCCUCGAUGAUAAAGUUUGCUGUUACUCUCCCCCGGGAUCGUUGGGCUGCAGUGCAGCAGGGUGUCCGCCUUCUCAACUGGCCUAGUGAUCCGUACCUGAGGCACUAUGGUCUGCAGGUUAGCCCUAACGCCGCCAAGGUUAAGGCUCGUAUCCUUCCUUCCCCGACCGUCCACUUUGGUGCAGGCUCCAAGGAACCCACUAUCAAGCCUCAAGACCUCAUUGCAGGUCGCUGGCGUUUAGAUGGCCGAAAGUUCGCAAUCAACAACAAGGAUCACCCAGUAAAGGCUUGGGGCAUCUGCUGCAUCCAAGGUCGUGGCAGCCCUCCUGUUCAGGCGGUCGAGGCUUUCGCCCAGAAGUUUGUUCAAAUCUACGAGGGACAUGGUGGACUUAUCGUGGCCCAUCCCCAGCACGGCAAGAAGCCCUGGAUGGGUCCUGGCAACCUGAGUGAUGGUGGGGAGAUGGUCCAGAAGGUGUGGAACCAGACCGGCAAUAGAUACGCGAUGCCACCUAUGCUUCUGUUCUUCAUCGUCAACGACCGCAACGUCGAUGUGUAUCGCCGCAUCAAGAAGUCGUGCGACAUCCGAUUUGGCGUGGCUUCUCAAGUCCUUCAGGCUAAGCAUGUCAUGUCUGCCUCCCCACAGUACAUCUCGAAUGUCUGUAUGAAGGUCAACGCAAAGCUCGGUGGUGCCACAUCUGUGACGAAGUCUCAGCUAAUCCCCAAAGUCGCUCCGAGGUCCGCUUCAAUUCCUACCAUGGUUGUGGGUGCUGACGUCUCCCAUCCCGCUCCAGGUGCUGCAUCCACCGAGGCCGCUUCCUUCGCCGCCAUAACCGUCUCCUUGGAUCCGAAUUUCGUCAAGUAUUGGGCUGAGGUGCAGACCAAUGGCAACCGUGUGGAAAUGGUCACGACCGCCAACAUCGAUAACCACUUCGGGUACAUGGUGAAGAACUGGAUUCAGAAAAUCGGCCAGGGCAGGGCUCCUCAGCGCGUACUAUACAUCCGAGAUGGUGUAUCUGAGGGACAGUAUGCUGCUGUACUUGAAGAGGAGGUCAAGGACAUGAAGGAGUGCUUCAAGAAGUUGGGCUGCAAAGACAUGCCCAAGUUCACCGUUGUCAUUGCUGGCAAGCGCCACCAUAUCCGCUUCUUCCCUGACGCUGGCAAGGGUGACCGUAACAACAACCCUCUUCCUGGAACCUUGGUAGAGUCCGGUUGCACUCAUCCAUUCGAGUUCGACUUUUACCUCUGCUCGCAUGUAGCAAUCAAGGGUACAGCUCGCCCUAUUCACUACCAGUGCAUACUCAACGAAGGCGAGUGGGCGUCCGCAGAGUUGCAGCAGUUCAUCUUCGAGCACUCUUACCAGUACGUCCGAUCCACGACUCCGGUAUCACUUCACCCGGCCGUUUACUAUGCUCACCUGGCUGCCGACCGCGCUCGAGCCCAUCUCAAUGACAACCCCGUCUCCUCUGGCAAGAAGGAGUCCAAGGCCGACCAGCAGUCGUCCACUGGAUCCUCUUCCAAGCAGAACGUCGAGAUCGCCCCCCUCAUGGCUAUGCAGAACGCACGUGGCCUCAAGGAGGUCAUGUGGUACAUCUAG